CUUAAAGUGGGCAAAGAGGACCUGUCCUAGUGUUUCUCGCAAGCCUCUAUGAGGCCUUCUGUUCACCUGUAUGUCCUGUGGGUUGAGGCAAGAUUCCCACCAUAAUUACAAAUCUAGGAGAGUGGGUCAGUUCCUUUAGAAGUAAGAAACUUUCAUUUGGAAAUGGGCAAUUUGUUCCUGCGCCGGUGUGUUAUGAGCAUUCCUAUGCAUUUCUUCUACAGACUUGAUAAAAUGUCUUUCUUCUCAUCAUGGAUCAAAGCUAUUUUAAUCAUUGGCUUGGCAUUUCCUCUUUAUUGUGAAACUUCUUUUGCAUCUUCAAGAAAAAUGAGUGAAAUGCGUGAAGCUCCAGAGUGUAGUAUAUAUAUUCGUCAAUUACAUUUUUGUAGCAGAGAAAUGGAUCCAGUCUGUGCAACAAAUGGCAAAACGUACUCCAAUAAAUGCGUUUUCUGCAGUGAAAAAAUAGAGCAUGGAAGAUUUGAUUUUAGUCACUGGGGUCGUUGCUGACUCUGCCUCAGCCACACAUUCCUAUGGCUUUUAUUGCAAUCCUAUUUUGCUAUGGAUUCUACAACCAAUUAGUCUUCUAAAACAGGGCUUUAAAUUCCUAGACGACCAGACUAUGCCUUCAGUAGUACACAAGACAGAAUGUAGAUUGUUGGAGAAUUUUUCCAACUCUAAGAACCCACCAAUGAAAAAGAUUCCUUUUUUCUUUCUUCAAUUAAACAUUGACAAUGGUAAACCUAC